AUGGCUGCAUGCUCUUCAUUUUCUAUGGAAAAAAUAACCGAUAAUUCAACCGGUAACCGAGAAGGUCAAAGUAAUCGAAUCUAUCGAUGUUGGAUCACUGACCACAACUCGAACUCGAAUGAAGUUAUCGUUCGUUUUUAUGGCAAUUCUUUCAUCAAAGGAACAACCGAUUCGAAAGAAUCGAGAGAACGAGAAGUUCUAAUCAGUUAUAUUAUUUCGGAGAAAAAUUUAGGACCCAAAUUAAUUGGAAUCUUUGAUGGUGGAAGAAUCGAAGAGUUUAUUCAGUCGACAACACCGACUCGUGAACAAUAUGAAGGACCAUCGAUGUUUGAAAUUUUGGCCUCAAAAAUGGCGAUGAUUCACUCGUUAAGAUUACCCUUUUCUCGUUCCGUUGAUCUGGCCAAUUAUUUACUCUCAAUGAUCACAAAUCUCAAAUCAAAUUCAGUAUUGCUUGAUUAUCGUUCUGGAUCAAAAGUAAAUCAGUGGUCGGAGAGAUUGUGUUCCUUUAAUUACUCUCGAGAAAUUAACUGGUUGAUUUCAAUUCUUGAUUCUAUUCCAUCAAAAGUUGUCUUCUGUCAUCGAGAUCUUAACCGAUCUAAUAUACUAAUUCGAGAAAGAAAAAGUAUCGAACAUGGAACAACAAUUAAAGAUCCCUUCGAAUUUUUUCUUUCGUGCAAUCAGUUGAUUAAAUUGUAAUCAUAGGCUGAAGAU